CGGCUCCGCCUCUUUCCGUUCCGCGUCCCAGGAAAAAAGAAGGGAGGAGAGCGGGCGACCGGAAGGCGGCGAUGGCCAUGGACCGCGUGCAGCUCCUCCUCGUCGGCCUCCCCGCGCUCCUCUUCAUCUCCGACCUCUCCCACAUCUUCGCGCCGCCGCCUCCCCACCUGCGCCACCCCCAUGGCCACCCCCCGCGCCACCCGGACCCCGCCGCCGCUGCCAUACAGCAGCCCAAUCUGGAGGGAGGAGCUGGAUUCGGCACGACCGUGGAGCUGCAGUUCUGCGCCUCCUGCUCGUACAAGGGAAAUGCAAUGACCAUGAAGCGCAUGCUGGAAACAUCAUUUCCUGGCAUUAAUGUUUUCUUGCAUAAUUAUCCGCCAGCCUUCCCCAAGCGGGUACUGAGCAAAAUCAUGCCAGUCAUUCAAGUUGGAGCCAUUGCAACAAUAAUGGCUGGUGACCAGAUUUUCCCCAGACUUGGCAUUACUCCACCUCCAUUGUUUUACUCGUUGCGUGCCAAUAGAUUUGGAACCAUGGCGACAAUUUGGCUAAUUGGCAAUUUUGCCCAGUCUUUCCUACAAAGUUCUGGUGCCUUUGAAGUUUACUGCAAUGGAGAUUUGGUUUUCUCGAAACUAGCUGAACAGAGGUUCCCUAGCGAGUUUGAGCUGCGCGAUCUCAUCGGCAGCAGGCUGCCACCUUCUCCAUUCGGGAAAAACAUGGGAAACGUCUUGUCUUAGUCGAUGAUCUCAGAAAGAAUAUCGUACUCAGCGCGGAUGUAUCUCUAGUUCUCUACUAAGGUAUUUUAUGGUUAGCUAGCUGAUCUCGAUCCUAUCGAAACUCCACAGCUUGCCUGUAAACACUAGCUUCCGAAUAUGCGCGUGGUUUGUAAAUGCCCUAAAAAUAACUUGCACGAGACAGUGACUGACAGUGCGAUCGAUACUGCUGUAUGAACACCUCCCACUAUAAUCGUGAUUGCCUGAUGCUGCUAUGCUA